GUCCUGCAUAGUGUGUGCUGAAACUCCAAAAAAAAAAAAAAAAAACAGAGAGAGACACAAAAGCAGAGCCAACGGGUGUCAAGCAUCUCUAAUCAUAUUGUUCUUCACGAGAUAAAGCUCAAACCCCAUUUGAAACACAUAUUAAGCUCUCCCCUUCUCUCUCUCUUGCUUUUGCUUUUCUCUCUCUCUUAAUCUUUCUGGGUUUUCAAUCAAUGUCUAUUAUUAUGAGGGCAAAAGCCAAAGCAGAACGAGAAGGAGGAACAUUUUGAGACUCUGCCCAAUGCUUUUUCACUGGCUUUCUUUUGAAGCGUACAUACAAUGGCUGAUGAUCACUGCUCUUUCACCAAGGAUAUAUUAAAGGUGCCAAAGAAAUCGCCUUUGGUGCUGAGGACGAUUGUCGUGUUGUUAGUAAUGGUCUGUGGUGUCUAUAUAUGCUCGAUUUGUUUAAAGCAAAUCAAGACUGGUACCACACUCAGAGUCUUAAGCAUCCCCGAGGUGAUUCAAAGGCCUUGCCAGAAACCUGAUAUUGAACCGGAAGAAGCGCCUUAUGUGCACUUCCCAAAGCCCACAACUUAUAGCAGGGCUGAAUGUGCGUGCAAUCCUGUGAGAUAUUUUGCAAUUUUCUCGAUGCAGAGGUCUGGGAGUGGUUGGUUUGAGACACUAUUGAAUAAUCAUACUAACAUAAGCUCAAAUGGGGAGAUUUUCUCUGUUAAAGUCAGGAGAAGUAACAUGUCAACAAUUACAGAGACUUUGGACAGAGUAUACAAUCUAGAUUGGUUCAGUAGUGCCUCAAAGAAUGAGUGCACAGCUGCAGUUGGCUUAAAGUGGAUGCUUAAUCAGGGAUUGAUGCAGAAUCAUGAACAAAUAGUGGAGUACUUCAACACUCGAGGUGUUGCUGCUAUCUUUCUCUUUCGAAGAAAUCUGUUGCGUAGGUUGAUCUCCGUGCUUGCAAAUUCUUAUGAUCGAGAGGCAAAGCCACUGAAUGGAACCCACAAAUCUCACGUGCACUCUCAUCAAGAGGCUGAGAUACUUGCAAAAUACAAGCCUAAAAUCAAUGCAACUUUGCUUAUAGCCAACCUGAAGCAAGUUGAGAAUACAACUGCCAAAGCAUUGGAAUAUUUCAAGAACACCCGACAUAUUAUCCUGUAUUAUGAGGAUGUUGUUAAAAACCGCACUAAAUUAAGAGACGUUCAAGAUUUUCUCAAGGUUCCACAAAGGGAUUUGAAGAGUCGUCAGGUGAAGAUACACAAAGGUUCCUUAUCUAAUCAGAUUGAGAAUUGGGGUGAUGUCCAAAAGGCACUUAAUGGAACACAUUAUGAAAGCUUUCUCCAUGCAGAUAUUUGAAGGUAACGGCAAUGGGGAUGAUGUAUAUACCAUGCUUUGUUCGUUUAACACUUUUUGGUUAUCUUUUUGCCUUUAACCACAGUAGCCAUCAGGUUACCCUCCGGUUGAAAUUUUGGCUGCAGAAUCAGAAUUUUCAUUUGAUUUGAUUCUAGCUUCUUUGUCACCUAAAUUUUGUUCCUUUACCACACUUAAAUUAGUAUUCAAUUGAUUCUUUACUCUCAUUUUUUGCCGAGAAACGUUGCUGUAUCCAUGCUAAUUAAUAGAGUAAAUCACAGCUCCACCUUUUACUGUUGUUCUCUGUA